CACGGCGUCUCCGAGGUGUGGCAUUUGCUCGAGUAGCUUGGCUCUGAUGUUCCUCUGGACUGAUGAUUUCACUUUCGUCGAGGUCGCAAUGUCCUCCUUUGGCGUGAACUUUUUGAACAUCUUGUUGGCCAAGUCAAGCUCGUCGAGCCGUCCUCUCUUCGUCCCUGUCGGCCGUGUCGAGCUCGUCGAGCGCGUUCCUCGUCAGGCUCGUCACGACAUCGCCAAGGGCAGGCAGGGCACCGACUGCAUCACAAGGUUCCACGCAGCAGAGACAGCAGCGACCUCGUCAUCAUGUCCAUGCUAGACAAGUUCAAGGUCGGGCUGAGCAAGGCAGGCCAGCAGGCACAGGCGUUUGGUCAAGACGUCGGACGUGCAGCUGCCGCGGGCAGUCAGGAGCUCAGGACGGGCUUCAAGCUCGAAGCAGAGUGCCAGAAGGCUGCCCGAACGCUGCAGUCCUUCCUAGCUGAUCCUGCUCAUCCCGAAUCGGCGCUCAACGCAAUUCCCAAAGUUGUCCUGCAGCGUGCAAAGGGCUUGGCAGUGUUUACGGUCCUCAAGGCGGGCUUUGUCUGGUCAGGCAAGGCAGGCUCCGGUAUCGUCGUUGCACGAUUGCCAGACGGCAGCUGGUCUGCACCUUCCUGCAUAGCAACAGGCGGCGUCGGCUUUGGUCUCCAGAUCGGUGCUGACCUCAGCGAAUUCGUCAUCGUUCUCAAUUCUGAAGAUGCGGUACGCGCUUUCACCACACAAGGCAAUCUCACUGUGGGCGGUUCAGUCGCUGCUAGCGCGGGCCCGAUAGGCACCGGCGGUGCAGUUAACGCGAGUCUUAUGCACCCUGCACCCAUGUUUACGUAUUCAAAGAACAAAGGUCUCUUCGCUGGCGUGUCUCUCGAGGGCACUGCGCUUGUCGAACGGAAAGACGCCAACGAGGCCUUCUAUGGUCAGAAGAUCCCCGUAGCCGACCUGCUCGGUGGCAAAGUACCGCCUCCAGAGGUCGCAUCUGCGCUCUACGAGACCAUCGAGAACGCAGAAGCUAUCGACGAGAGCGCCUUGCCUGAGCACAGCUAUGUGCCUGCCCCGCCUCAGGAGACAUCGGCAGGCUAUUCCACUACUACCACCGCCGCACCAGCCGCCUGAGUUUGUAAUGCUAUGUAGUCAUGU